AUGUCGGUGGGGUUCGGGGCCAACUUCCCCACUCCACCGUCGAUAGACCUCGGGUCAGGCUUCGUAGAACCUCCUCAGCCUCUACCUCAUCUCCUAACAAUAUUGGUCGCCACAAUCGCAACUCCUCCGCUCCCCGUCGUCAUCAUUUUCCUCGUCGUCAUCGGAAUCGCUCUGGUCGUUCUCGUAGGUUCACCGCAACAUGGCCGAUUUAAAGUGUGUGAUCAUGUCAACCGACGUCGCCGUCGUCGUCUUUGCAAUCAGCCUUCCGCUUCCUCCUCCACCAAUUCCUCCCCCUCUUCCUCCGCCUCCUCUCCAUCCUCCUCUUCCAUAUCCCACCACAGUCGUCGUUAUCAUCGUGGCUAUCGUCGAAAACCCCAAGACAAAUUGCCUUCAGUCGUCUUCGUACACAACUCGGCCACCUCUCCUAGCACACGAACCACACCCUCUUUCUCCAGCUCCCGCUCAUCCACUCCAAGACGACACUACAAGGCACCUCCUUUGGCCACGGCAUACACUUGCCUCCGAUCCAAAAUUCUCGUUUUCCGUGCGUACACAGUGCAAUCGAUAAAGCACGCAAGCUAUCGAUUGGUCGGAGAUGUAUGGCGGCAGCAGCAUUUGCCCAUUUCACAUUCGCGUGGACACGCACCUCCGCACGAACGCGUACAUGCGCAUAUCACAUCACACUGUAUGGAUGUGGGUGUAGGCGUGUGCACACCCGCACACACACACACACGCGUAAAGACACGGAUCUGUGCUGCACACACAACAAAACGGCGUCUCUUCUGCUGCCUCUGCUGCUGCCUCGCAUCCACACAACUGGGUCAAAAAGCCAGUUCCCCUAGCCCAAACGGGCUCCGUUCUCGGGCCUCUGCGUCAAAUAUCAACCUCAUCGCUAAUCAUCACCGCCAGCACCACCAGCACAACUCCCUCACCACCUCGUGGUCACCUGCUGCUGCUGCUGCUCCCACCGCUACUGCUGCCACUGUUGUCCCAGCCUACCGAUCGAUUCCGACACCUCGGAGGGCCUUCACUACCGCCACUGCGAAGCGUCAGUCUUCCGGCAAUUGGGAGUCCGCCUCCUCCUCCUCCCCCCCUGCUCCACCUCAUUGCAUUUCGACACCGCGGCUCCCGGCGGCAAUCGCUGUCUGCGUGAAAGCUCCGCUUUCACGCUUCGCGCUCACGACCUGGUCCUCCAAACAGCCGCACUUUUGCGCUCACUCUCUCACUCCGUCCCUUCACACAGCUUCCACCUUUGCACACUCCACCCUCGCGCAUUCCGUGGAAGCUUUUUCUGCUUCCCAAGAAGAGGAGCCUCUCUACAUUGUCUCAACCUCUUCCUCCUCCGAAAGUAGUUCUCCCAUCUCCUCCGAAAUCGUCUCUGACUUCGAGGCAAACAACGCGGAAGCGGAAGCCUUUUCAGUAUCAGAACCUAGCAAGAGAAGGCGCCAGGAGGAAUCCUCAGUGAUUUUGCCUUUUCCACCGCCAUCAAGAUUCGAAUGCUUAGAAAUGAGUGCCUCUCGACCACCACCCAGACCGCAGUCGAGCCUUGUUGGACCGCGUAGAGGCUCGGUGGCAUCACGCGAGUCCUCCUUCUCACCUCCUGCCGAUCGAAAUGGUACCCGUGCACCCCAGCCAGCUCAAAACAACGGCACCUCGAUUGCCGAUAUGGAGAAUUCUGUGCUCUUUCGAAAACUGGAGGCCGCUGUUGCUAAAGUGGCCGCAGAGCAGCAGGAGCACGAGCGCAGCCUUCUUCUUCUUGCCGCUGGCAACCCUACUGCCUCCUCCCCCAGUGCCACCUCGCCCUCGCUUAACAACCUCCUAAAUAUGCUUGCCAACGUAGGGUCAGACUACCAGCUAUUGCGACUGCAAUUGGUAGGCGAGAAGGAGAAGAGAGCGUUGGUUGAGGCAGCACGAAAACGCAUCGCAACACGCGAGGCGGCCAUUCAGACUGAGGCAUUGCAACUGGGCCUCAGGGACACCUGUCCCUUGUGCCAACGAACUCUUGCCACUGACAAGAAGAGCGGUGGGAUGCGAAUAGCCGUUCAACAAUUUCUCCCCUCAUUUGUGCCCCUCUCCCGUGGUGUUCCGCUGCGUCGCAUGCGCUUAGGUCCACCGUUGCAGCAACAACAUUCGCUCACAGGCGGGGGCAGCCCACAGCAGCGUUUCCUGUGGCCAGCCAGUGGACAGAUUGUGGAUGUUGUUGAAACCCUUGCAGAGCCGCCCUACCCAGUUCAUACAUCCCUUCUCGUGCAAACCGCUCCAAUGGAGGUCACCUUUGAGGACUACUGCGAACGUGCCUGCAUCUCCACCAUCUCUGUUCACGGGUCGCUGCCUCCUGACACGAAAAAGACUUUCGCACCAAAGGUAGCAGUGGAAGUACCAAAAAAGGUGUUUGGGCUUCCAAAACUGCCUUCAAUGAAGAUGGCAGAGCUACCGAAGAAGGUGGAGGAGGCACUGAAGCUUUCGCCUCCAAUGCAAGUUGAACGUCGUGAUGAUGAUGCUGAGGAGGAAGAGGAUGAAGACGAGGAUGAAGACGAGGAAGAGGAAUCAGAAGAGUCAGACGUGGAGAUAUCGCGAAAGCUGCGCCGUCAGUUGAGACGCACGCAGAAAACACAGGAGAUAAAUGCAGCUAUAGUGCAAAUGGCAUUGAAUCAACAGAAGAAAGAGGAGGCGGCUGCGGCUGUAGGGGCGGAGAUGCAGCCUCAAAUGGGUGGGGCUGCUGCUGUAACAACAGCUGAUGGCUCCUCGCGUGUGGCUGAGGCACGCCAGCGAGCGAAGAAGUUCAUAGAGCAGCGUAAGCUCAGCAUGCAGCAGCAACAGGAAGUGGAGAGUUAUGACGGAUCGAGUCAGCCCCCAGAGGAGGACGUGUCCUCGAGAAUUCCUCCCCUGGAUGAUGUCGAUGGACAUCUUAUCUACAGUCCCCAUGAAUUCAUUCUUGAUAGAUAUGAGAUAAUCAAGACGCUAGGAGAGGGCACCUUCGGCAAGGUCGUCGAAUGCCUCGAUCAUCACACGGACACGCGAAUCGCUCUCAAGAUAAUCAAGAACGUGGAUAAGUAUAGAGAGGCCGCGAUGCUGGAAAUAAACGUUCUGAACUUCUUGCGCGAACGCGAUCCCAACGAUGAGUACCUCUGUGUUCGACUACUCGAUUGGUUUGACUACUUUGGACAUAUCUGUCUGGCUUUCGAUAUCCUCGGUCUUUCAGUAUUCGACUUUUUGAGGGAGAACAACUACGUGGGCUACCCGAUAGAGCACGUGCGGCAUAUUAGCUACCAACUAUGCCAUGCAGUGCGCUUCAUGCACGACAACCAGCUGACCCACACGGAUCUCAAGCCGGAGAAUAUUCUCUUCAAUCGCUCCGACUAUAUAUCGGUUCAUAAUCGGAAGAAGCGACGCUACGACCGUAUUGUAAAGUGCUCUGAUGUGCGCCUUAUCGACUUCGGUUCGGCAACAUUUGACUACGACCACCACUCCACCAUCGUCUCCACUCGCCAUUACCGCGCCCCUGAGGUCAUUCUCGCCUUCCCAACUGACGCUCCUUUUAUGCUAUUUGUUCAGAGCUCGGCUGGUCCCAACCCUGCGACGUGUGGUCGAUUGGCUACUCACGAUAAUCGCGAGCACUUGGCCAUGAUGGAGCGAACUCUCGGCCAUAUCCCCUAUCGGAUGACUCGGAAAUCACGCACGGGUUUCUUCUAUCACGGCCGAUUGGAUUGGGACUUCUACAGCCCCGAGGGGCGCUACGUACGCGAGAACUGCCGACCCCUUCUUGUGAGUGCCUCCCACGCACUCCCACCCUUCCCUAUUCGCAUGUCCUCUCUCCUCUACUUGUCACACCCAGUUCUGCGCUCGAACUACUUUUGUCCACGCAGUGGCGUUGUGCAGCAUCUCUCCGCGCAUUCGCAAAAACGCCUUCUCUCCUGCAGACCUCUCAAGCGGUACUGCAAAGAAGAGAAUCAGGACACCCUUGAUAUGUUCGAUCUCAUUUCGAAGAUGUUGGAGUACGAUCCGGCGGAUCGCAUUUGCCUGGCGGCAGCAAUGUCGCACCCCUUCUUCUUGCGCAUCCCCUCGAACCAGCGCCUCAAUUACCGCUAUCACCCUCCCCAUCUCCCGCCUCCACCACCACAGCAGCAGCAGUCCGCGGAGAGUGGUGGUGAGGCAAAUGGUAAUGCGGAGGGCGUUCGUAGAAAGACUUCGGCCUCCGCCAGCAACGUUGUGCGAUGA